AUGCCUAAUUCGCACAAACCUCAUUUCUUGAAGCCUCUGCUUCCCGAUUUCCACAGUGGCGUGACAAUACCACUUGGCUUCUUCUCACAACACAUAGAAGGGAAGACAAACCGGAAAACAUGGAAACUAAGAUCGGACGCUACAGAUCAAACUUGGGAAGUGAUACAAGAAGGCAGGAGACUCACCGGAGGUUGGAAAGAUUUCACCACAGCACAUGACCUUCAAAUCGGUGACAUUGUCAUCUUCAAACACGAAGGAGAUAUGGUGUUUCAUGUCACACCAUUUGGUCCUAGCUGUUGUGAGAUUCAGUAUACACAUCCUCACAUCAUCAAGGAAGAAGCCGAUGCGGAUGAUGUUCCUUCUUUCUCAUUUGACUAUUGUUUUCAGGCUGAGGUCACUGCUUCGAAUCUAAAAGAAGACAAACUUUAUCUUCCUGAGGGAGCUACGACUUGUACUGCUUUGAACAAACAAUGCCAAGAGAUAAUACUUGUCAACAAAGAGGGAAAUUCAUGGACUGUGAGUUUGCGAUUUAGCGAAGCAGACGGCAUGUAUUACAUCAGAAGAGGCUGGAGAAAGUUCUGUCGUGCUAACAGAUGCGCCAUAGGAGACUUAUUUGUGUUCAAUGUGGUUGGAGAUGGGAAAACUACUCCACUAAUGUGUGUAUGUCCGGAAAGGGAAGAGUGAUUUUGAACCUAAACUUAUGUAUGUCGAACCAGAAAUUUAUGUAUGUCUCUUUUUAUGGCUGACUAAUACUCAUAUAAUGGCUGGGUUAUUGUUUGAUUAUGACUUAAUUAACGUAACGGCUGAGUUGCAGUGAACGUUAUAACUGAGUUAUUAAAACGUUAUGACUGACGAAUACUCGUAUUAUGGCUGGGUUAUUGUUUGAUAGUGACUUAAUUAACGUACCGGCUGAAUUGCAGUUAACGUUAUAACUGAGUUAUUAAAACGUUAUGACUGACGAAUACUCGUAUUAUGGCUGGGUUAUUGUUUGAUUAUGAAUUAAUUAACGUAACGGCUGAAUUGCAGUUAACGUUAUAACUGAGUUAUUAAAACGUUAUGACUGACGAAUACUCGUAUUAUGGCUGGGUUAUUGUUUGAUUAUGAAUUAAUUAACGUACUGGCUGAGUUGCAUUGAACUUAAUAGCUGAGUUACUAAAAACAUUGCGUCUAAAUUAUGAUUACAACACAUGACUACGCAAAGAAAUAGUGCCAAAAUAUGGCCAUACCAAACCCACAAACCACCACUGGAAACAUCAAACACUUCAUCUUUUCCGCUUUACCGAGUUCUUUCUCCAACCGACCAACGUCUACUCUCAGAUCUGAUAUGCCUUUGGUCAUGUCACUCAUCACCGAUUUCAUAUCUUCUACCUCUUCCACCAAGCACUCGUCCGCCCAUUUGAAUAAAUGUCUCUGAUUUCACCAACAUGCCCAGCUCUUAGUAUCACAUUGACAGUAUAAUGAAUAAAAUUAAAAAUCAAACCUUAAUAUAUCCUUUGCGACAGCAAUAGUACAGUCGUCCUGGAUUAGCCCGUGAUGCAGAUGUACAUAAUUCAGCGGGUUCACCACACCAACACUGUUUCGGCGUUCCUCUUUCCACAUGCCGGCGGUGAAAGUAAGUGUUACCAGACACAGAUGAUGAAGAAGACAUUUUCUUUGAAUGAAAGAGAAAUUGGUGUGAAAGACAAAGUUAAAACAAUAGUGGUAGUAAUAUAAAAUCAUUUU